AAUCGGUCCCUAAAAAGGCAUUUCUGUCGCACUUUCGCCGCUAAUUGUCACUGAAUUCAGUGUUGAAUCCAUUGCGCGGACCAAUUGGUGGUGAUGUCUGGCAUUGCGAGCGCGAGACUCGCGGAGGAACGGAAGGCGUGGCGAAAGAAUCACCCGUUUGGGUUUAUCGCCCGUCCCGUCAAGAAUACCGACGACACUCUGAACCUGAAGGACUGGGAGUGUGCCAUACCCGGCAAGACUGGGACCCCAUGGGAGGGCGGCCUCUAUAAGCUUCGGAUGCUGUUUAAGGACGACUACCCGUCCACUCCUCCCAAAUGUAAGUUCGAGCCGCCGCUCUUCCACCCAAACGUCUAUCCCUCGGGAACGGUAUGUCUGUCGCUGUUGGACGAGGAGAAGGACUGGCGUCCGGCCAUCACUAUUAAGCAGAUCUUAGUGGGCAUUCAGGACCUCUUGAAUGAGCCCAACAUCAAAGACCCGGCGCAGGCCGAGGCCUAUACUAUCUACUGUCAAAACCGUUUGGAGUACGAGAAGAGAGUGAGAGCUCAGGCGAAGUCAAUGGCACCCGACGAGUGACACACCAUUCCCGGCACCGGCACUCCAUUCCGCCGCAGAUUUUGCAUUAAAUUGAGAUUUAUUUUUGUUUUUUGAAUGUAAUCUAAAAACUGAUUUAAAAUUCUUUUAUUCUUCAUAUUUAUUACAAAUAUUAAUACAUUUUCUGUUGUUUUCUACAAAAUCUAAAGUUUCGCUUAAAAUCUCUUAAAAUUAAUUUGUUUGAGAAAAAUAUCAAAUUUUCAUUCAAUAACUUAUUUGUGUUUUAUUUCCCGUA